CUCCUGAAGUUGGUGUAAAAGUCAACUUUUCUCAAGGAAAUUAUGAAAACCUAACAAAAUUAGGUUGGAAAAGCUGUAAAAUAUCGUAAAACAGAUGCCUACAGUUGUAAGAGAAGGAGUGAAGUCCCAUCAAAACGGGCAAAAAGUGGGGAAUUAUCAAGAUGGCGCGAACGUAAGCCCAGAACCAGCUUUAGAUAAAGAAGCUCAAAAAGUCAACGAAGGUGACAAAAAUGUCGGAAAAAACGGCGCCAGGAAGGCUGGAAAUCUCACUAGUACUUUGAAUAAGCCGGUAUCAAGGUUGAAUAAGCCGGUAUCAAGGGGUAGUGGAGAGACUUCUGGUUUGGGGAUUGUUCCUGAUAGGAAUGAACAUGUUUUGACACCAGAAAGAGUUUCGGGAUCUAGAGAACUUGUCCCUGUAAACAUUGAUAAACAAUUAGUAGAGAGGAAUGACGCAGAAAUUGAUGAUCAAGAACAAAGAGAUAUUGUUCCAGCCUUACCAGAAGGGUGGCCAGAAUUUAAAAACRAGCUAUGGCGCCGCAGAAGUUGCGAACUGGUUAAAAGUACUUCUUCAUGUGUGCGUAAAGCAGUCUCUCACCUUCAUCUACUUCAAAACCUCCUUGAAAACUAUUAUAAGCCCACCUCCUCUGAGAAAUAUACUAGAGUUGAGUUGAGUCGAGAAAGAAAACUGAAAUCUAGGAGUGAAACUAUCACUUCUGCUCAAUCAUUAUCUGAAGUUGAAGAUGGAAGCCGUUUAAGAUCAAGUGCCACAUAUCAUGAUGUUGAGUCUGUUGAAGGAUAUAACAGCCAUGGGAAUAAACUAAGAUGGCUGCUUAGUUCAGACUCUUUUGGAGAUUAUUCAAAGGAAGAUGAGCUAGACAGAAUGUUGGAAUCUUCUGCAAGUGGAGCAGUGCUGGAGGUCAGAGGAAUCAGUGCAGGCACUUCACUAGCAAAAUCUCUAACUCCCAAAUCAUCCUCAGCAAAAACUGAUCAACAUGAAGAAACAGUAACAGGGCCUGAGCAAGAUAUUGUAGAUGAAGUUUUAACUCUACUUGGUCGGCUUGAAACAGACAGGGUUAAUACUGAGCAGAAGUUACAUAGAGAAAAAGAGAGGGUGCAUGAGCUUGGGAAAUCUAUUGACAAGCUUGCUUACAAACGAAUGCAAGAACUGCCCAUUUGUGUGCAAAGAGAGCAUGAGGCAUGUGCUAUAGACAUUAAUGAGUUGAGGUGGCAUUGUGCCUACACUGGACGAAUAGAGACAAGGCUCAGUGAGAGACUCAGACAAGCUGAAAGCAAACAUGCUAAACUGUUGCAAGAUUUGGAAAACAUGCAGAAGCAUUGUCCAUUAGUGGAAGAAAAGCUUGACUUAGAAGGUGAAGCCAUGUCAAGCAUCCAGAACAAACAGGAUGAGACAGAUAAUGAAUUAAGGUCAACGUUCGAAAGGCUACAGGCCACAGAGAUGAAAACUGCUGCUGCACAAGGCAAGGCAGCACAAGAACGAGCACUCAUCAAGCAGGAUGUUGAUGUAGUGAGAAAUGAACUCAGUGCUGUUAGUGAUGAGCUUGCUCAGUUGAAGAUGUAUUUCACUUCUAACACUCACACUAAGCAUGAUAUAAGAAACAUGCUCAAGGAAAAUGCCGAACUACUAGUACAGCUUCAGCGAAGAGAGGAGAGAAUCCAGGUUCUAGAAGCAACUCAACAAGACAAAGUGAUGAGGUUACGGGAAAAGAUUGUUGAACAAGAAGCAGAACAUCACAAACUUGUUGAAGAAAACAAUGAACUGAGAACUGAAAAGGAAAUUAUGAAAGUGACCCUGCAAACAGAUAUCUCUAAGUUAGCUUAUCGGAAAAGUAAUGGGACUUCAAGAAUUAAGAAUUUGACGAAACRAAACAAGGAAUCCAAAGGCGAUAUCCUGGAAACAAAGAAAAAAAUAGAUGUGAGCACCAAACAACAUGCUUCUGACGACAAAACCAUUAACCGAACAAAGCUGGAAAUGGACAAAGUUCGUGAGCAACUAAUGGUAUCCCGAGAAGAGACUAGUAAGGUCGGAGCAGUGCAUGCAAGUCUAAGUGAAACUUACAUACUACUGAAAGAGGAGACCAUGGCAAUUGAAGAAUCGUUGAAGACAACGGCAGAUGCACUGAGAAAACAGCUCAAAGAUGAAGCACAUGCACGUACAGUUCUCCAGGCAAGGAUUGCAGCAGAUGGAGCAGAUCUCGUUAAGACAACACAGGACUCCACAAAGAAACGAGAAAAGGCAACCGUCAGGGCUGAUGAAAUUGAAAAGCUGGUCAACCAUGUUAAAGAGCAGGUAUCGAAAUUGGAAAAAAUGCAUAACGAAAGAUUACAUACUAUCUCAGAGUUGGACAAAAUCCUGGGCAAGGUUGCCAUACAGCACGACGAUAUGGAGACGAGGAUCACUAAAGAAAUAACGGAUCUUAAACCAAAAGAAGAGGAAUCGAAGAAAGAAAACAUGAACUUGUCCAAGAAGAUCGACCACAUGACUUGGAAAACUGAAAUGAUGGAGAAAAAAAUGCAAGAUAUGGCAUCUUCCAGUGUUAUGAUGAACAAAGCCAUAGCAAGCACAUCCGAAACCAUCAAUGAUCUCAAUGAAGAGUUAACUGAGCUGAAUAUCCAGCUUGAAACAGGAAGUGAAACUGAACAAGACUUGAAAGCAUCGUUAGGCCAAGCAGAAGAGAGAAUCAUGCGGGCUAAAGAAGAUCACGAACAGCACAUGGUUCAGAGACAAUUAGUCCUUGAGAACAAUCAGAGAGGAGUACAGACUUCACUAGAAAGAAACAAGCUCCUGGCAGUGCAGUAUCAGCGCGCACAAAAGGAAUAUCUGAAUAGAAAAGCUGCUUUGAUGAGAGAGUUUGAAAAACGAGUUUACGAUGAAGACAGCGUCAAAGAUCAUAGACAGUUGACAGUCCUUCAGGGACGUAUGCACGAAGCUUUGCAGUACUACUACAAAUUACGAGGUCUAGAAACCAGAGCAGGCAUCGCCCAGUUUGAACUUGAAUCAGCUAAGAAUGGCGACAAGCUUAUCUGGCUACAGACAGAGAUGAUGAAGGUCAUUGAAAACAUCAGUCGGUUCCUAGAGGCCAAUAAUGCUGCUCAUGAAGUCAUAUCAUUCGAAGCGGCCAAAAUUGCUGAAACUCCUCCUGGCCGAUCACUAGUCUCUUAGCUAGGUCGGUGAGUGUGCAGAGUUAGAUGAGAGCUAGAUAUAGAAUGAUAGCCUUAUAGGGACAACGUUUUCUGUUUGUCUAUACCCCUCUAUACUUGUAAAUAGUAUGAAUACAGAAUACCUGCAAGGUGUAUAGGAAUGUAUAUAACUGUAACUAUAUAAAUGUUGAAGUAGAAACAAUAAAGAAUAAUACCAGA